AUGACUAGUGUCGACGAGCUAUUCAAAAAACCGCUGGCCACAGGGAGCUCUAAACGCAAGUUUGAGCCUGUGCAAGAUCCUAACGAACUCUACAAAGCGGCCAAACUUGACUCCUCUGGUGAUGUGAAAUCCAAGGGGAAAGCCGCGAUGGCGGAGGAUGAGAUGGAUGACGAGGACGGCGAGGCUGGGCCCGAAUUACCUCCCGAUUUCGAAGAAGACAUUCCCGAUGACGAAGAAGGCCGCUUCUUUGGCGGAGGCAUGGAGCAGAAGACCGCCGAGGCAAUGCAAUACAUUGAUCAGAAUGAAGACGAAGCUGCACCAGAGAAAUUUGAUGCGGCUUGGGUACGUCGGUUUGCUUUGAAUUUCGAGAAGAAGAUUUCCAAGAACGCCGAGCUGCGCGCAAAAUUCGAGAACGAUCCGCAAAAGUUCAUGGCCUCCGAGGCCGAUCUCGACACAGAAAUUAAGGGACUGUCAAUUCUUUCCGAGCAUCCAGACCUCUAUCAGGAAUUUUCUAAGAUGGGAUGUGUUUCGUCUUUGGUUUCAUUGCUCUCGCACGAAAAUGCCGAUAUUGCCAUCGAUACGAUUCAAAUCAUAAGCGAGCUCACAGAUGAGGACGUGGAGGCGGAGCAGGAGCAGUGGGAUACCCUGGUCAACGCCAUGAUGGAUGCCGACCUCGUUGAACUCCUUACACAGAAUCUAUCGCGUCUGGAUGAGGGCUCGGAAACAGACAGAACAGGCGUUUACUACAUUCUGAAUGUCCUCGAAAACUUGUCCUCCCAGUCCGCGUUAUCAGAGAAAAUUGGACAAGACUCCGCCGUUAUGUCUUGGAUUCUUUCACGCAUACAGAGGAAGGAGAGCCCAGUCUCUCAAAAUAAACAGUAUGCUGCGGAAGUUCUAGCCAUUCUUUUGCAAUCAUCGGCCAAGAAUCGAGAAAAAUUCAUAGAUCUUGAGGGGGUUGAUGCACUCCUGCAGCUACUGAGUCAAUACCGCAAGAGAGACCCGGCGAAAGACUCAGAAGAAGAAGAAUACGUGGAGAAUUUGUUCGACGCCCUGGCUUGUCUCGUUGACGACGAGUCUGGGAAGGAAAAGUUCCUUGAGGCUGAAGGCAUCGAGCUUGCUCAGAUCAUGCUCCGGGAGAGUAAAUUUAGCAAGUCGAGGGCCCUCAAACUUCUCGAUCACGCACUCGGUGGAGCUGGUGGUGCUCCCGCCUCUAAUGUCUCGCAGCAAGAGGGUCAAAGCAUCGAACACCUGCUCGGCAUAUUUGCCUCCCUGCUCCGUCUUCUUCCUGGUGGGUCUGCUCCGCGCAUUCGAGCUCUUGCCAAGUUCAUGGAAAAAGACUACGAGAAAAUCGAGAAACUGGUGAAACUGAGAAGGGAAUACGCCGCUCGGUUGUUACCUGUCGAGCAAGCGAUUCAGAAAGAGCGCCAAGGGCUUUCACAAGAUGACCUAGAAUUCAUGGCUGGUGAAUGGCUGUCACGCCGCCUGGAUGCUGGUUUGUUCUCGUUACAAACUAUCGAUAUCAUACUCGCAUGGCUUGUUGCGGAAGAUGAUGGUGCCCACAAGAAGAUUGUUGCUCUUCUUGCAGAUCGAGAACGAAGAUUUGUCCUUGAACAAUUGGAGGGCCUAGAAGACGAAGAGCAGGGGCAGAAGGACUUCAAAGAUAUGCUGACAGCAUUGUUGCAAUUUUGCUGA